UUUAUUUUCAUAUUUCACUUUUAGCCAUUUUUGGCGACCUCUUCCUUAUUUCACGAAGAGGAGCUUCCCGAUCAACUUUCGCAUUGCCUUGUUGGUGAAAGAAUCCGGGAGUGUCGACAGAGAGAUCGGAACAUUAUUUCCAGCUCUAGGAACGGGUUCCAAUGGCCGGAGUUGGGCAUUGAUGACGGAGCUGUGUCGAAUUCAUCAUCCCAGCGUUGUCAGUCGGCCAAACGAUCGAUCUGGUGGUCUCCAUGCUCAGAAUAAAGAACAGAGUUCCUAUUUCUACAUUGCACCUGAGCCGUACGCCUCUGAGAAAAGCUUUCUUCGAAGAUAAAACUCCAAUGAACGAUAAACUCCAAUGAACACUGUUGCAUCCAUGUUUCUUCUGAGGGCUAGGAGAAUUGAAGAUAAACUCCACUAUUAGAUUGAGUGCAGGAAAACAUAUAUACACUAAGAUGAUAAUUAAGAAGAUUCAAAGGAUGAACAUACAAAAUGAAGACGAAAGUGUCAAGCCCCCUGUACAACCUCCCGCCAUGCUAUGCCGCCUCUAGGUGGUCUUUAUGGCCCACCCCGUCUUGGAAUGCAGCCUCCUCAGAAUCAGCAGCAGUAAACUCUCAGUAUGUAUCAUGAUGAAUUGUGGCCAUUUUCUUAGUCGUUGUUGAAGUUUUAUUAAUAAUCUUAUCAAAAAGAUGUUUGGUUCUUGACUUCUUGUGCUCAUUAUGCUCUCCCUUUGGUUGAGUUGGUUCAAUAUCCCUUCUUCGAUUUGAGGCUUGCUUUCUCUAUAUAAUACACUGUGUAAUGGAUAGAUGCAAACAUUGAAAUGAUAGAUUGAGUUAUUUAGUUGUGAUAAUCUUACAUAUUGUUUAUUGUUGCUUUUUGUUGCAUUUUA